GUUUUUAAAUGACAUGUAAUAUAGGUUUUAAAUUAUUGGGUAUUGGUAUUAAUUCCACUUUUUCCUUUAUGUUGCAUGAAAUUAUUACUAUGAUUCUCUAGCCACCGUGUGCUCGGAUAUGGCUCCGCAUGGUAAGCCACACUUCUCCUAUUAUUUGACCUUGAAAUUUUGCUACAAAUGAUUGCAUUUUGUGACCUCUCCUCUCUGAAUUGUAGUGGAUUUGGCCUAUCCCAUCUGAGUCCCCUAGCGGAGGAAAAUGGGCCUACAGUGACAAAUUGAAAAUAAGGAUGAGCGCCAUGUCUGAUCCUCGGCUGGUGGAGUAGAGCGGACGGCUGAGCGAAUAUUUCCCGGGCCGGGAGUCCCGUCGGGGUUCCGUGUGAAUCAUGGCCGACAGCGCUGGGAUUCAGCAAGGUUCUCCGGCCAUCGGGGCUGCGGGCCUGGUUCCGGCCGCUCCUGGAGCCGGGGGGACGGAGGGCUCCGGCGCCGCUGGAGGAUCCGCACGUAUCGCCGUGAAGAAGGCGCAACUCCGCUCCUCACCUCGGCCGAAGAAACUGGAAAAACUCGGAGUGUAUUCAUCCUGCAAAGCAGAGGGAGCCUGUAAAUGCAACGGCUGGAAAAGUCAGAACCCCCCUCCCACACCCCCACGAACUGACCAGCAGUCCGGCACAGUCAACCUGCAGGAGCCCUGCCGGAGCUGCUCUCACACUUUGGGUGAUCAUGUGACCCAUCUAGAAAAUGUCUCUGAAGAGGAAAUGAACAGACUUUUAGGCAUAGUCUUGGAUGUGGAGUAUCUCUACACAUGUGUUCACAAAGAGGAGGACGCUGACACUAAACAGGUCUACUUUUCCCUCUUCAAACUGCUGAGGAAAUCCAUCCUGCAGAUGGGUAAACCAAUGUUAGAAGCACAGGAGAGUCCUCCAUUUGAAAAACCCAGCAUUGAGCAGGGGGUGAACAAUUUUGUCCAGUACAAAUUCAGCCACCUGCCAUCUAAGGAACGUCAAACCAUUAUGGAGCUGGCCAAGAUGUUUCUCAACCAGAUCAACUACUGGCAGCUGGAGACGCCCUCCCAGAGACGCCAGAGAGUUCCCAAUGAUGAUGCAGCUGGAUACAAAGCCAACUACACUAGAUGGCUCUGCUACUGCAAUGUGCCUCAGUUCUGCGACAGUCUACCCCGGUACGAGACCACUCAGAUCUUCGGCCGGACGCUGUUGCGUUCGGUCUUCACUGUGAUGAGGAAACAACUGCUGGAGCAGGCCAGACAGGAAAAGGACAAGCUACCACCUGAGAAACGCACACUCAUUCUCACACACUUCCCCAAGUUCCUGUCUAUGCUGGAGGAGGAGGUGUACAGCCAUAGCUCUCCGAUCUGGAGCCAAGACUUCUUGGCAGGAGCGUCAGGAGGGCAGAUACCUAUUCACACAGUUAUCAGUGCGCCCCCUGUGGCCAGGCCAUUGUACUACAGCACCAGCCCUGUGUCAGUGGAUCCAUCCACCUGCGGCAGUGUCAGUCCUGCCAGGAAAACGGCUUCAGUACUGGAGCCAAACCCAGUUGGAGAAAAGCGUAAACCGUCAGAGCCUCUCCCCCAUGAGGAAAACAAGAGACCCAGGGUGGUGGGUGACAUCCCCAUGGAGCUCAUCAAUGAAGUCAUGGCAACAAUCACCGACCCUGCCGCCAUUCCAGAGACCAGUCUGCUGUCAGCUCACUCUGCACGUGAUGAAGCUGCCCGUCUAGAGGAGCGCAGGGGGGUGAUUGAGUUCCAUGUUAUUGGUAACUCCCUAAACCAGAAGCCCAAUAAGAGGAUCUUGAUGUGGCUUGUUGGCCUCCAGAAUGUGUUUUCUCACCAGCUGCCCCGAAUGCCCAAGGAGUACAUCACACGACUGGUCUUUGAUCCGAAGCACAAGACGCUGUCACUGAUCAAAGAUGGCCGUGUGAUAGGAGGGAUCUGCUUUCGAAUGUUUCCAUCGCAGGGCUUUACGGAGAUUGUCUUUUGUGCCGUCACCUCCAAUGAACAGGUCAAGGGUUAUGGCACCCAUUUAAUGAACCACCUGAAGGAAUAUCACAUAAAGCAUGAAAUCCUCAACUUCCUCACUUAUGCUGAUGAGUAUGCCAUUGGCUACUUCAAGAAACAGGGUUUCUCAAAAGACAUCAAGGUUCCCAAGGCCAAAUAUGUUGGUUACAUCAAGGACUAUGAAGGAGCCACGCUCAUGGGCUGUGAACUCAACCCCAGCAUUCCCUACACUGAGUUUUCUGUCAUUAUCAAGAAGCAAAAGGAGAUCAUCAAGAAGCUAAUAGAGAGGAAGCAGGCUCAGAUCAGAAAAGUCUAUCCGGGGCUUUCCUGUUUUAAGGAAGGAGUUCGGCAGAUUCCCAUUGAGAGCAUUCCUGGCAUACGUGAAACUGGUUGGAAGCCAGUGGGUAAAGGGAAGGAACUAAAGGACCCAGAUCAAUUGUACAGCACUCUAAAAACCAUCCUCCAACAUGUGAAGAGCCACCAGAAUGCCUGGCCUUUUAUGGAGCCAGUGAAGAAAACAGAGGCUCCUGGGUACUACCAAGUCAUUCGCUUCCCCAUGGACCUUAAGACAAUGAGUGAGCGUCUGAAGAGCAGGUACUACACGACACGCAAGUUGUUCAUGGCUGACAUGCAGCGCAUCUUCACCAACUGUCGUGAAUACAACCCUCCAGAGAGCGAGUACUACAAGUGCGCCAACUUACUGGAGAAAUUCUUCUACACCAAGAUCAAAGAAGCAGGCCUCAUUGAGAAGUAGGAGAGAGGAAAAAGUUGAGACUGUAGAUGGCUAAAGUUAAGGCGUGAUGCAAAAGACAGCUACAUGCAUGAAGAAGGUAAGAAAAGGACUACUGAUUCGGGAGCGGUGAGGUUUCAGAAACACAUAUCUUACAUGUAAAAGGUGCGAACGGGUCUCAGAUCAUCACUCGUUUGAUGUUUGAUGCAUGCCGGCCCAGUUCCUGAAUCAGUAGCACAGACUGAUAUUGACACUGAAAGAAAGGCCACAAGGGAAGGCCUCACUGAAGGCCUGCAGGACUGUUGCUGACAUUGAGCAAAAGAAGCAUCGUGUCUUCAUAUUUCAUCACAUAUCCCAGAGUCCCAUGGAAUACCAGGACAGUGGAAGGUGUGAUAGUGAUACAUAUUAAACAGGACAGAAAGCUUCCAUUAUUUUUUUUGUGUUGGACGUUGGACGUUUA